AUGCUCCCGACGCCCCUCAGAGCACGCCAGAGGCGCCACCAGCAGACAGUCGACGCGGCCAAGGCUUAUCAGCACGAGUCGCCACCCGCCGCGGGACAUUACCCCCAUACCUCUGCCUCGGACUCGCAGCAUCAAAACCAAGAGACGAGUGAUGAGGGAGGGAGUCGAGGGGAUAGUUUCGGGGUGGAGAGUAUGAGCGAGUGGGGGAGCUACAUGAGCUCUGUCGAUCAGGCGCAGCGAGACGAUGCGCUCGGCGGGAGGUUGCAUGCAGCGGGCGGGCGAGACGUCUCUCCCAUCUCUACAGAGGGUCUUGUCUUCCAUCGCUCAGAUGAUGAAGACGGGGACUCCAACGGACAAUCAAGCGGCCAGGUCGAGCCGCCCAGUCCAGAGGAGACGCUCCAUCCGUUGGAGCCCAUCGAUCCCGUCGACCCUUCACCCACCUCUCAUCCUCUUCCCCUGCCCUUCCACAGCCACCUCCGACUCGCGGACUUGCCUCCUCCCGGGACCCCGCCAUCUCCGAGUAUACCAGGUUCAGAGCCAGGUUCUCCAAUGAGCUUGGCGUCGAUGCCUUCCUACGUCGCGAGCAUGUCGAGUCUGUCGAGAACGAGUUCGGUGGACUCGCCGAUCCAUGACCACGACGAGACGCAAGGCGGCAGUUUCAGAGCAGAAGGGGAUGGCGGCGAUCGAGGAUUGGUUCUGCCGCAGCUCAACUUGCCGUCAGAGUCGCUCAGUCUGCACCUCUCUCUCCCGCGCUGGCUCAAUUCUUGGUCAUCCGACGACGACCACAAUCAGCCUCACAACAAGAGAGGUCCCAUUACGCUUGCUCUGGUGGGUGAGCGGGAGGAAGUUGAGCGGCUGCUGCGUGAAGUCAAAGAGAGGGUCGAGAUGGUCAAGCUUGAUAACGGCGUGGGCGUGCUUCAGAAUGGAAAGAUUGGGAUUAGGAUCGUCUCUGGGGUGAAGCUUGACGAGCAGGUCCAAAAGUCGAUUCAUCAAGCUUAUCAGACCCUCAAUGCUCUGCUCAGCCCAGUGCCUCCUCCAAGCACCGAGAUGGAGUCUGAGCUCAAGAGACUGAUUGAUGGGUACGCCUCUCGCGAGGACUGGAUACACGGAGUGAUUGUCCUGGGAGAAGUGGAUAAAACUUCGUUGGACAAGAUGAUUCCUACCAUCACUCUUUCUGCUCCUUCGGCCUCUCCCGAGAUAUCCCACGAGACGCCCCAUUCAAAGAACCACGCCUUGCCCGAAUCUACGCCAAAGCCCACUGAAACGGGACUCUCAUACUUUACUCUUCCCGCUCACGAAGAGCAACCCGAGUCUGACGAAGAGUCUGUCGCGCCCUCUGAUCUGGAGCAUUCUCCCAGCAUCUCAGACUCUAUCUUACCCAAGCUCAGUCCCAAAGCCGAAGUCCUCUUGUCUUCAUUCGCUUCGCCCCGAAACCUCGCCGAGAGAUCGACCGCAUCUUUCUUGGCAUGGCGUCGCUCGCCCUACUUGUCUACCACCACCUCCUCCCGCGCAUCCUACCCCACCUCCCCCUCGCCUUCCGCCUCAUCCUACUACGCCGGCGCCAUGCCCACCGUCGCCAGAGCCCAAGGCGGCGGCGAGUGGGAAGCGACCCUGUCGAGGAGGGUGGCUCAAAGGAGAGAGAGUGGAGAUGCCGUGGUGAGCAAGAGCGGGAAAGAGUUUUUGAAAGUGAAGGGACAGAGGAAGAGGAGGAGGAGUAUAGAUAAGGGUACGGGGAGGGGCGAUUAUUAUCAGGCGCUCUUUCCGCGGGUAUCGCCGGGUAAUACGGGGAAGAAGGACAAUAUGUCUUCGAUCAUCCGUAAAGCACUCGCAGAGUGGAAAGGGCGGUUGUUCCCCGGCACCAGUGCCGGUGCUGGAUCUGGGGGCAAAGGCGGAGAGGGUGGGAAAGGUAGUGGGAGGAGGAUUUGGAAGUGGGGUGUGGUGGCGGGUGCUGUUUUCGUGCUAGGUUGGGGUGUAUGGCUUGGUGUCAAGAGUUGA